AUGUACAAGCAGUUCACUCGUCUGAAGAAGAAGAACCCGAACGCGAAAACACUUUUGGCUGUCGGAGGUUGGAGUAUGGCUUCGCAACCUUUUACAGCGAUGGUUAGAAGCAAAGAAUCGAGAAGAGACUUUAUCAUUCAUGCAAUACGCUACCUGAGAACUCACAAUUUUGAUGGCCUUGACCUGGACUGGGAAUAUCCCGCCAACAGAGGAAGUCCACCUGAGGAUAAACAGAGAUUUGUAGAAUUAGUCAAGUCUUUCUUUCUUUCUGUCCGUCUUUGCUUCUUUUUACUUCCUUUCUUUUUUUUUCUUUCUUUCUUUCUUUCUUUCUUUAUUUUUUAUUUGAUUCUGUCAGUCUUUCUUUCUUUUUACUUUCUUUCUUUCUUUCUUUCUUUAUUUCUUUCUUUCUUUCUUUCUUUCUUUCUACGAACAUGCUCUUGUUCCUCUUCCGUCUUUACAUAUCUAAUCAUUUACUAA